AUGAAUAUUUUGAAAAAUAUAGAUAAUAAUGAUAUAGAUAUUAGCAAUAACAAUAAAGAUAAUAAUAUAAAUAAUAUAAAUAUUAAUAAAGAAAUUGAUAAUUCCAAAAUUUUUUUUUAUAUAUUUAAAAACAAAUAUUUAAAAAAUUUAAUUUUUUAUUUUUUAAGAUUAUUUAAUAAUUUUAAAUAUUAUUCAUUUUCAAAUAUAAAAGAGUUAAAUCAAUUUAAAUAUAAAAGUUAUUUAUUUCAUAUUUCAUUAAAAGAAAUUAAUCAAGAUGAUACUCUUCAAUAUUUAGGAGAUACAAGUUUAUCGAAUAUUAGAAUCAUACAUUUAAUUACAAAUAACAUCAGCAUAGUUAGAGAAAUAAAUCAAAUCAAUAGUAAUAUUAAAAUAGAACUUAUAGCAAAAGUAUCAGAUGAGUUUGAAGAGUUCCCAAGUAAUGUUUCCAGUUUAUCAAGAAAAGUAUUAGCAAAUUUUAAGAGGCAAGGUGAUAACAGUCUUAUACAAGAUAGUUUCAAAUUAAACAAGAUUUAUCCAGAGUUUUUAAAAUGUUUAGAGAUCCCCUUUUUCAAUGGAGAUGCCUUACCAAAGUAUUUGAAAUCUUUAAAAAUAGGGAUAUUAAAUAAUUUCAAUAUUUUACCCAAAGAAACUUUAGAGUAUUUGGAAAUAGAUAAUAUUAAAAUGUCAAUUACACAGGAUAAUGGUUUAAAACAAUUUAAAGCUUUAAAACAAUUAAGAAUCAAUAUUCAAACAAUGUUACUCGAAAUUCACGAAAACUCAUUACCAAAUAAUUUAGAAGUAUUGGACUGCAUAAAGUGGAGUGGUGGUUUAAAAUCAAAUACUUUACCUUCAUAUCUAAAGAAGUUAAGAAUGAAUACUGCAAUAUUAUUGGCACCAAACUGCUACCCAAAUACUUUGGUAGAUCUAGAAAUAUCAGAAAUUAUUCACAGUCCUUUGUCAAGUAGCACGUUCCCAACCAAUCUCAUAUCUUUAAGGGUAAACAAAAUUCCUACUUUAGAGUCAUAUUGUAAUUCACUACCAAGCUCUCUCAGGAAACUUGUUAUUUCAGAAAAAUUUUUACCACAGACAUCAUCAAUUACUCUUCCAUCUGGCAUUUUAGACUUGGAGGUACCAGAAUUUAACAAAUACUAUGGUCCAAUAAUUCCAUCAAGUGUUCAAUAUUUUAGAGUAAGAUCUAUCGAAUCAAAUUCAUUUUUAAAACCAAGCCUAAUACCAAGCUCAUGUACAUAUUUACAACUACCUCCACAAUUUAAUAACCCAUUUACUCCUGGUGAUAUAUCAGUCAUCGAAAAUAUCAAACAUUUGGUUUUUGGUUCGUCAUUCGACCAACAAAUAGUGGUUGGGUCUUUACCACAGUUACUUUCCAUUACAUUUGGUUGCAACUAUAACCAGCCAUUUAUUAAGGACUCUAUCCCAGAUUCAGUAACAUCUAUUACCCUUGGUGCCCAUUUUGAACAGGUAAUAACCAAAGAAUGCUUACCAAACAAUUUGAAAACAAUCAAUUUCUCAAAUAGCAAUGCUGUUAUUAGAUCUUUACCAGAUUCCAUAGAAAAUAUUACAAUUUCCAAGUCAAAUGUUUUUAUCUUUAGCCAAAUAAGUAAUUUUAAAAAUUUAAAUUUAUUAAAAAUAAAUGUGUGUUAA